AUGUAUCAAAACUGCGAUCAACAGAAUCUCUUUCGUCGUAAAAAGGGCCUUGCAGAAAUGCUCGCCUUUCUAAGGUUUCGCAAGAAUGCUCACCCGUUGCUUUUCUACCAGGGUUUCGCAAAAAUGCUCGCCUUUACACUAUCCCUAUGCUUUGGACCUAGGAAACUACCUCCAAAGCUUAUGGACGCGUCCGGGAGAAAUGCUCACCCUUUACAUCGUCCCUACGCUUUGGACUUAGGAAACUACCUCCAAAGCUUAUGGACUCGUGCUUCGACUUUGGGAGAUGUAUCAUCUUCAAGAAAAUAUGCUCGCUUAAAAGAAGCUGGCAUAUUGCAGUUUGACGGAAGCGAUAGUGAAGAAGUUGUUAGAGAAAGUUUCAGAUGA